CGCUAAUCUUGCGGGUAGUUCCGAUGUCGAAAGGGGGAGAAUCAGAAAACAAGAAAACAAGCCACUGACACCACUGCGAUGUAUCCACAUACGUGUACGCGUGUUUACGUAUACAUGUAUGUAUAUAUAUUUAUAUGCACACAUACAUACAUAUACGUGUACGUGCGUGGGCGCCUGAGGAUGCGUUCUGUGUGCUCCGUGCGUAUGUGUGUGUGUGUGUGCGUGUACGUGUAUGUGUGUGUGUGUGAGAUGUGUGCACGCGCACCCUUGUAUAUUAUAUUAUAUGUGUGUAUAUAUAAAUAUAUAUAUAUACUUGUAUUUCUUUCUUUCUUUUCUUUCUUUUUUUUUUACGUAUAUGUAUAUCGUUAUAAUAUCAAACUGGAAUCCAUGGGAUCGUACGCGGGCGAAACGCGGUCCCCGAGCACCGGGCAAAAAAACUAUUCCGUGUUGAACGCGCGUGUGUCCCGCUUCCUUAACCUACUCGACUGUACCACCGACGACGACGACGACGACGACGGCGACGACGGCGAUGAGGACGACCGAGUGUUCCGACGACCAUACCACUGCUCUGCAGCAAUCAAUACGCAACAAUGGACCGGGACCAAUAAGCUCGGAGCUUUUCCUGACGUAGACGCACGCUCCCUCGCUACACUUCAUCCCCCACCAGUUCCCUCUGCCCCCCCUCUCGAGCUUUCGUUGCGGAGCUUAACGACAGAGGACGCUACGGGCGAUCCGACGUUGCGCCAAAACAGAUCUAACCCUUGUUGGAUCAACUUGCGAUUCGACUACUUAUUAUUGCUGCGGCACUUUUCGCUCCUGGCGUUUCGUCCGAUACGUAUUUGCGUCGUUUAACGCUCGCCGAUUUAUUCGAACAGAAAUUGUCGUUACGCGUGAACGAGCCGAGUUUGCCGAAGGGAAAUUUCCUUGUAUUUUUGUUGGCUCGUAUAUACAGGGUGCUCUACAAAACUGGGACAGCUUAUGGCUACUGAAUCGUAGACGAUAGAAACACUGUCGUUAGGCGAAGUAACGAGCGUCAGAAGUGGGGCUUUACUCUCAAUAGAAACGUAUAUUCUUUUUUAAAACUCGAUUCUCGUGUUCUUUAUAGAAAAAGUAUUAAAGAAGU